GUAAUGAUAUUAUUUAUUGUGCAGCAUUUGGCUUAAUUUUUUAAUUCAAAUUAUACGAUUGUUUUAAUCGUGGACAUUAGCAGCAGUGGAUGUAUUGUUGAUAAAUAUAAAUCAAUAAAAUGGCUGAUGAUAUUGUAUUUGAUUUGUUGCAUUCUGAAAUAAUAAAUUACGCUCUAGAACAAACUAAAACCACAAACGGUAGUAAGGAAGUUGACUUAUCAGUUGUGGAAUACAUUGGGUUUGCAGCCGGUUACAAAAUUAUGGAAAGGCUGACCAGGGAAUGGCCCCGAUUCAAAGAUGAACUGGACACUAUGAAGUUCAUAUGCACAGAUUUCUGGACGUGUAUCUAUAAAAAACAGAUUGAUAAUCUAAGAACAAACCAUCAAGGUGUUUAUGUAUUGCAAGACAACGCAUUCAGAUUCUUGACCAACUUUUCCAAUGGCCACCAAUAUUUGGAAUAUGCACCAAGGUACGUGGCCUACACAUGUGGCUUGAUACGAGGUGGCCUGGCAAAUCUGUGCAUCAAUAGUAUUGUGACAGCAGAAGUCCAGUCAAUGCCUUCGUGUAAAUUCCAUAUACAUGUUCAAAGAACUUAAAUAGAUAAAUCAUGUUAUUAAAGUAUGGAUGGAUUAUUAUAGCUUAUGUUGUUUUAUGUAAAAAGUAUUAUGUAUUUGUAAUAUAUAUAAAAUAAAUAAAUCAAUAUUCAAUGUCAGGGUUGCAAAGAGCAUGUCUUCAGAGUAUGAGCUCUGCUAGCUAAUGGACCCACCCACAAACAGCUCUAGAAUCUGUACUACAGCCUUACUCAAUGUGUAUUGUUUAUCAACAAACAAAUAAGAAAUAAAGGUAGAAAACACAUGCCAAUAAGUCUUAUUUAUUUGAAAUUAUGUAUUGAUUUUUUUUUUAUAAAGUAUUAUAAUAGUAUAAUAUAUUAACUAUAUGUUACUGUUCUAAGCUUAUAAAUUUAAUUUCUUUUAAUUAUUUUUAAGAACAAGUUAUUUAUAAUUAUUAUUAGGUGUGAAAUGAAUAGUGAUUUAUACCCUAAUUUUUAAUUUGUUUGUUAUUAGUACACUUGUACGACUCUUAAAUCUAUGGUAGUACACCCAGCAUAGAGCUGUAGUAUAGAUGUCAUUUGAGGUCUGAUCAGUUUUAUCCACUUUAAUUACGUAGAAUUAUAGUCUGACUAGGAAUAUUAUGCAUUCUACAACAUUUCUUGUAAAAAGAAAAAACCAGACCAAUAGUGGCUGAAUAGGAAAUUAUUUUCUCUUUUGUUGUAAUGGAAUUAGAGAGUAACAUUUUUGGAGUUUACUCCUUAAGAAUCGAUUUUUCAUAUAUAGCCCCUGGUAUGAAAAAAAUAUGGGCAGUAAAAUUCGAUGAAACGAAUGACAGCGUUACGUUUUUUACGCUACCUAUUCUGCGCAUCUUUCGCCGUGUGCUGCCCCUGCGGCUCCUCGGUUGCGCACCUUUCACUUUCAUAAAUAUGCUGCGCGGCAACACAUCUAUUUAGACAGUCGAUCUGAAAGAGUAAACUCCAUUCGUGCGUCAGAGCUGACACACACUUUUUUAUAUACUACUAUUAGCCAAUAAUGUCGUUAUUUUUUUUGUUUAACGUGACGCGCAUCUCAGACAUACAAAAAAAUAUAUUCUUUGUAUCAAUUUUGUUUAAAAUAGUAAUUUGAUUACUGCAAUAUUUUUUCUGAAGAUAAGUUCUGUGUAUAUAAUAAUAAAAUAUGAUUAU